AUGGAAAUCUUAAAAGCCUACUUAGAGGUGACUCCAUCAGUCCCUUCAUGGCUAAACAAAGGAGACAACGCAUGGCAAAUGACGGCAUCGGCUCUUGUAGCCAUCCAGAGCAUGCCAGGGCUUGUCAUCCUCUGCGUUAGUAUCGUCAAGAAAAAAUGGGCUGUUAACACUGCCUUCAUGGCCCUUUACGCCUUCGCCGCCGUCCUCAUUUGCUGGGUUCUUCUUUGCCACCGCAUGGCCUUUGGAGACCAGCUCCUCCCGUUCUGGGGUAAGGCUGGUCCAGCACUUGGCCAAAAGUACCUCGUUGACCGAGCCAAAGUCCCUGAAACUACCCAUCAAAAUGAAAAUGGAGAAACUGAGACGGUUGAGCUUUACUCCGCCAUGGCCACUCUCGUCAACUUUCAAUUCACUUUUGCUGCUACCACGCUUAUUUUGAUAGUGGGUUCUGUUCUUGGCCGCAUGAAUAUUAAGGCUUGGAUGGCUUCUGUACCUUUAUGGCUUAUAUUUUCUUAUACAGUUGUUGCUUUUAGUCUCUGGGUUGAGGACUUUCUUUAUCAAUGGGGUGUCAUCGAUUACUCCGGUGGCUAUGUUAUUCACCUCUCCUCAGGAACUGCGGGGUUAACCGCAGCUUAUUGGGUACGUACUAUAAAAUUCCUGAGAUCUAGCUAAUUGAUCAUUCUUUAUUUUUCAUUUUUCAAUGAUGGAGCACCAUAUGCAGCUACUAUAAAUGCUUCGAUUGCGGUAUUAAACACCAACGUAAGUGCAGCGACAAACUUGCUGUUAUGGACGUCUCUAGAUGUUGUGUUCUUUGGCAAACCAUCGGUGAUAGGAGCUGUUCAGGGCAUGAUGACCGGACUAGCUUGCAUUACCCCAGGAGCUGGGCUGGUUCAAUCUAGGGCGGCUAUGGCGAUGGGAAUGCUUUCAGGUAGCAUUCCAUGGGUGUCUAUGAUGGUGCUCCACAAAAAGUCUUCGUUGCUACAGAAGGUGGAUGACACCUUGGGUGUAUUUCACACCCACGCGGCGGCUGGGCUAUUGGGUGGUCUCCUCACAGGGCUUCUGGCAGAGCCAGAUCUUUGCGACCUUAUUCUGCCAAAGAAAACAAGAGGUGCAUUUUACGGUGGAAAUGGUGGGGUGCAAUUCUUGAAGCAAAUGGCUGCUGCUUCCUUUGUUAUAGCGUGGAACAUAGUCUUCACAACCAUAAUCCUUGUAACUAUAAGACUGUUCAUGCCCUUGAGAAUGGCCGAAGAGCAACUUGUGAUCGGAGACGAUGCCGUUCAUGGAGAGGAAGCAUAUGCUCUUUGGGGUGAUGGAGAAAAAUAUGACCCAACUAAGCAUGGUUGGAAUACCAGCUGUGUGUGUGGACAGGAAAUUGCACCUUCCCCUUAUGGUAAUGGUGCAAGAGGUGUCACCAUCAACUCAUGAGGCAUGCAUAUUUUUGCGGUAUUCG